UCUUCAUACUAAUUUACUAAACCCUUUCGCUCUCGCAGUCUUUCACCAUUGACCAGUUGACGUUGCACGACUUCUUCCUAUCUACUCUUUAGCUACCAUUUUACGCGACAAUGUCGGAAAGAGGCGGUUACUCCGGAGGUCGAGGUCGCGCUGGUUAUGCUAGUAGAGGUAGAGGUGAUUCCGAUAGCGGUUAUGGUGCUCGAGGUGGUGGUCAUGGCGGAAGAGGAGGUGGUUACGAUGGAGGUUAUCGCGAAAGAGGAGGUAAUUAUGACGGCGAUUAUGGCGGAAGAGGUCGUCGUUUCGACGGCGAUUAUGCCGGAAGAGGAGGUGGUUACGAUGGCGGUUAUGUCGGAAGAAGAGGUGGUUACGACGGCGUUUAUGGCGGAAGAAGAGGUGGUUACGACGGCGGUUAUGGCGGAAGAAGAGCUGGUUACGACGGCGAUCAUGGCGGAAGAAGAGGUGGUAACGACGGCGGUUAUGGAGGAAGACGAGGUGGUAAUGAUGGUGAUUAUGGAGGUAGAGGAGACAAUUAUGGCGGAAGAGGAGGUGGAAGAAGAGGCGGUGGACCGCGAUCAUUGAAUUUGCCGACAUUGACGACAGAAGAUUGGAAGUCGGCGAGGGGAUCGCUGAACGAUAAUAUGAGCAACUUGGCGUUAUCGUUAUCGUCGUCGUCGUUGUCUGAAGAAUCGCUUAAACUUCCGAUGAGGCCGGGUUUCGGGAAGAUAGGGACACCUCGUGAAAUCACGACAAAUCAUUUUCUCGUCAACUUCGUCGUUGAAAGGGAGCUUCACCGUUAUGAUGUAAAAAUUGUGCCAGAAAUCCCAUCAAAAAAACUUAAUAAGAGUGUAAUGAUUCAACUUCUCAAAGACAACAAUAACUUCAGUAACCUCAAACCAGCUUAUGAUGGAAUGAAGGGCUUGUACACAACACAAAAGUUGCAGCUUGGUUCAAAAGAAUUUACAGUUACUCUGGUAGAUGAUGGACCUCCAAAGAGGGAGCGGACCUUCGAAGUAACAAUCACAUAUAAUGCUGAAGUGAACCGUGGUCUUCUUCAAGAAAAUUCAUUGGGUGAACAAUUUGGAUUUUCACAAGAGAUCAUCCAAGUUUUUGAUGUUGUCCUCAGAUCCACAAUAAAUUUAAAGAACUACACUCCCAUAAGUAGAUCUCUCUUUAGCUAUGAUUUGGGUUAUGGUGAUCUCGAGGAAGGUUUGGAGUUCUGGAAAGGUUUUUAUCAGAGUCUUCGACCCACUAUGAUGGGUCUUUCCCUUAAUAUAGAUACCUCAGCAAGAGCAUUCUUCAAACCCAGUACUGUGAUUGGCUUCCUUUCUGAAAAUUGUGGAAUUCGUUUAUCUGAAGAACCCCUAAAUGACGAUGAUCGUAGGAAGGUUAAGAAAGUUUUAAAGGGAGUCACUGUAGAAGUCACUCAUAGGAUGGUUGCACACAGACGCUAUAAGGUUGUAGGGCUAUCAAGUGAAUCAUCAAACGCCUUGAAGUUUAGCAGAUGUGAUAAGGAACAGACUGUUGCUGAAUAUUUUGGACAGAAGUAUCGUAAGCUCCAGUACCCCUCUCUACCUUGUCUUGAAGUGGGAAGUAGUAAAAAUACUAUAUGGUUGCCAAUGGAGGUCUGUAAAAUAGUUGAAGGCCAAAGAUAUUUAAAAAAAUUGAGUGAUAGAGCGGUGUCUACGCUCUUGAGGGAAACUGCUGUUCAUCCAUCAAUAAGAGCUGACAGUAUUAUGAAGAUGGUUGAGCAAAACAAUUAUAACGAAGAUGAUUUAGUCAAGAAGUUUGGACUUGAAAUCAGUAAUAAUCGAACAUCAGUUGGGGCUCGAAUAUUGCCACCACCAAAGCUCUUAUAUAAUGGCCCCAUACCAGGAGCAACGCUCGAUCCUUCAGUGGGGCAAUGGACCAUGUCUAAUCAGAGAUUUCGAGAAGGUGCAACUUUGGAGUUCUGGUCUUUUAUAAGCUUCUCAAGACGUAUGACAUUAGAAACUAUGGUCAACUUUCGAGCUGAAUUGCUUAAAGUGCUCAGAACAAUGGGAAUGGUUCCUAGAGAGCCGCUUAUUGAAAGAGUUGAGGACCCGAACAAUGUUAUGGGAACACUGCGUGAUGUUUAUGAACAGUCUAGUUCUAAAAUAUCUGAUGGGAGACAGCUUCAACUUCUAGUUAUAAUAUUGCCUGAUUCUCAAAGAUGUUAUGGCGAAAUUAAGCGACUAUGUGACACGGAGCUUGGCAUAGUUUCCCAAUGCUGUCAAUCAAACAAGGCAGUGGAACUUCAGUGGUCAUAUUUGAGGAAUCUUGCUCUGAAGAUAAAUGUCAAGAUUGGUGGAAGGAACACUGUACUGCUGGAUGCUGAUAAUCAACACAUACCUCUUGUCUCUGAAGAGCGUACUAUUAUCUUUGGUGCCGAUGUUACACAUCCACAGCCAGGAGAGGACUCUGCACCUUCAAUUUCAGCUGUUGUGGCCUCAAUGGAUUGGCCUUGUAACGUAAAAUACAAAGCCUUAGUUUCAGCUCAAUCUCAUAGAAAAGAGAUUAUACAUGAUCUUUUCAUCAUGGUCAAGGAGCUACUUGAGUCGUUUCAGAAGUCUAAUGAAGGGAAUCUACCACUUAGAAUUAUCUUCUACAGAGAUGGUGUGAGUGAGGGUGAAUUCUUGAAUGUUCUCUCUGAAGAGUUGGCUCGCAUAAGAAAGGCCUGCAAAUCGUUGAAAGAGAAUUAUAGCCCUUCUGUGACUUUCAUAGUGGUGCAAAAACGGCAUCAUACACGGCUUUUCUCUGUGGAGGAUAACGGGGGAGAAAAAAAGUGUGGCAAUGUUCUUGCUGGGACUGUUGUUGAUACCAAAAUUUGCCAUCCUUCUCAGUAUGAUUUCUACCUUUGUAGUCAUGCUGCUGUUCAUGGUACUAGCAAACCUACCCACUAUCAUGUCCUUUGUGACGAGAACCACUUCUCUCCUGAUCUUCUACAACUCUUUACUUACAGCUUGUGUUACACGUAUGCUCGAUGCACACGUUCAGUCUCUAUAGUGCCUCCUGUAUAUUAUGCUCAUUUGGCCGCGUUUCGUGCUCGGUUUUAUGUCCAAGGGGAAGCCAAUGAUGCUGCAUCCUCAAGUGGAGGUAUGGGAAUCAGCUCAAGCUCUGAUGUUUUAGAGGUCCAACCACUACCAAUGGUCAAAGAGAAUGUCAAAGAUUUUAUGUAUUUUUGCUGAAGUAUUGCUGAACCUAAUGUCUUAGAUCUUGUUUGACUCUUUGGUGAAUAGAGAGGUGUAGGUUUGUAGGUAUCAUCGAAUAUACUAGUAAAGCAAAGACAAUCUGCCUCGAUACAUUUUCAAAGUUAAAGCCUGAAAGGGGAGUGCUACUUCUUUA